AUGCCUUAUGGCCCGGACGCACUCGACGCCCUCAGCCUCUCCGACCAUCCAAAUCUCGGGGGAGCGCCUCGCACCCCGAACGGUCUUGGUGGUCCGAAAGGCAUUCUUCACGAGCCCGAGAUCUUUGUCUCCGGUAGCUUUAGCUUCUGCAGGCGGCAUCACCGUACGCAGCUGCUCGAAAGAGUUUCGAAAGCGUGCGCCAUCGCUUCGCCUGGGCCUACGCCGCGGGCCGGCUUGUGCGAGAAAAGGCCCGGCCGCUACACGCAGCAACUUGUGUCUCGAGCGAGAGAGGCUGGCUUGCGUGUGCGUGAGGUACGCACUGUUGACGCGGUGAACACCUUGGCAACAGACCUGGCUCAGGAUGAUGCUGCGAGCGAUAUUGGUCUCAUCGUCUCUUGUGGCAGCCCCGUGGUCCUCACUGAACCAGUCGACCUACGGGAGCACGUUGCGAAAACGACAGCAGCAAUGCUACAGUUUCCGGAUGCGCCCGUUGUUGGCAUUUGCUACGGAAUGCAGCUGCUGACACUUCUCUACGGUGGAAAACUUGCAGUGGACGGAGUUGAGACGGUCGCCGGUGAAGUCUCGGCUGUCCUGCUGCCCUUUUUCAAUGCUGCGAUCUACUGCACAGAUGGGGUGGUGCAGUACCAUGUCGAUUGCUUGCCAUGUGAAGACUGGCGGCAGUUCUCCAGCAAACAGCUGACGUCUGCCUUGCGGGCACUGGGCAGGGACCAGGAUUGGCAGGCUGCGCUGAGACUUCUGCAUGACGUGCAAGGGUCCGACAGCUGUCGCGCAGAGACGAACAUCUUCAGCUAUGGCGCAGCGAUCGCAGCUUGUGAAAGGAGUGCUCAGUGGGCGUGGGCACUUCAGCUUCUGGAUGAUUUGAUCACCAACGGUUUCGAGCCGAAUGUCAUUGUUUGGAGCUCCGCAUGCAGCGCCUGUGACAAGGCAGAGCACUGGCUGGAGUCGCUUCGUCUUCUGAACCAAAUGCCUGGCAAGAAGUUGCAACCGAACGUCAUCUCCUACGGGGCUGCGCUGAGCGCGUGCGCGCGUGUGGCAAAGUGGCAGCAUGCCAUCGCGCUCUUGGAAGAUGUGUCGGCUGAGGACAUCGACAUGAACAUCGUGCUCUGGAACUCUGCUAUAACGGCCUGUGCCAGGGCUGGCGAAUGGCCUUUGGCUUUGCAGCUGUUGGAGCUGCUUCAGCAGGCGGGCUUGCAGCCAGACGUACUCAGCUUUAAUGCUUGCAUCACCGCGGCUGGGGCUGGUAGCCGCUGGCAGCUUGCGCUCUCGCUCUUUGAUUUGGCGGAGUCAGUUGGCCGAAGCGUUGUCACCUACAACGCUGUGCUGGCUGCCUUCGAGGCAGCUGGUGAAUGGCUGCCGGCUCUGACUCUGCUGGGUCCGGCCCUUGGCCAUUCUAUCGCAACCGUCGUGAAAGUGUGUACUUGGUUGUUUCGUUCCUCGAAUCGACGCUUCUUUCCCUCACCUCUCCGCCUCGCCACACUUGCCAGCGGUGUCGUGGCCUCAGCCUUGACACUGCCGGACAUGUCUGUCCGUCUGUCCGCCAAUGGGAUAAGGCUGGCCGUGAAUGGGCUGCGGCGCAUCUGCAGAGCCGACAGGCUUCUCGCCCCUGGCAAAGGCCGGGCUGAGCCACCGGGCUUUCGAGUCAUCCAGAUCUCGGACGAACAAGACGAGCAAGAUGAAGUGAUUCUCUUGCAGCUUGGAGCACCGGUGUUCCGACGGACCAGCAACUCUUCGACAGAGUUUCCUGCGCAUUGCCGCACAUUUGGACCUGACGAUGGAUCUCCUAUUGCCAGCUUUCCGUCUGGGAGACAUCAGCUGAAGGACCUGAUGCUUUGUCCAGAAGUGAAGCUGAUUCCUCCUCACGUAUCUCUACAGGCAGAAUGGGUGUCUGCCAAGCCUCGGGGAUUGCUGUGGCUCCCGGAUUCGUUCAAUGGCGUCGUGCCAGUUGCACAUGCGACACCCGAUUUUUUGGCAUAUUACGGGGCUGCGAUGGCAUCUUCCUGCAACACAUCAGCUGUUGAUGUCAAGGCAGAGCAACAGAUCGUUGAUUUUGAGUACUCCUACAUUUACAAGGAGCGCUGGGUACUGAACCCUGACUUGGGUCCCGGCGCCCUUGGCCUGCAAAGGCACAACUUUGCACAUCUGGAGUGCCCUUUGGACGAUGACAACGGCAUUCUGCUCCUGGGAAAACUCGUGGGCAAGGAGCUGCACCUCACUGGAUUCAGAUGCCCGUGCUUCCACACUAUUUAUCUCGCGCCAAGGGUCAUUCACUCCAAAGACCAUUUGUUGAGACGAUGGCGUACUUCGAUGACCAGCGUCGCAGAGGAUGCCUUGUCGACUGAAGUGGACCACGUUCUCCUGCAGCAGAUGGCUGAAUCUGGUGGAACUGUCCAUGAUGUGGAUCUCAGGUUCGAGGAAGCCUUCAACCUCGUGCAGCAAGGUCCGCGAGCUUGCCUGAAGACGACGGCCAAGGACGGUCCGAGGCUUUCUUCGUUGGACGAGGAGUGCGAGGAAUGCGAUGAAGAUGAGGCCGAACACGAGCAGGACACUAUUCCGAGUCAGAAGCCGCGGCCAUCAGUGGAAUCCCUUUAUACUCUGAUGUCGAGCUCGACUGCCAGAGUGCGGGUCAGUGUGGACAGUUCAGCCUCCGGAGUAUCUGCCAUUUUUCCAGGGAUCCUGCCCAGUCUGCCCUUGAUGCCCGAGGCUCCGAGCUCUCGUGUCGAGCCUCCGCAGCUCUUGGUGCGGCAUUCCGGUGGCACGAUGGAAGACAGGCUCGGCGAUGCCGCCUACGGCAAGCUGUUAGCACGAAUGGGACACCACGCUAGCUCACUUGACCGAACACGCCACCGUGCCCUCCCCACCACUGCCCGAGAAGAGCAUCGCCUCUUGCAGUUGCAAGCGCUCUUCAGGUGCUUGAAGGCAUCAUGUCCUUAUGUCUAG